GCAGCAUAAUGUGCCGAGGAUUGUACCCGAGAGGGUACCGUUCCUGUCUGCCACGUGUUCGCCCGGUCUCUCGGCACCAGCUAAAUCUAGCUACAUACGCAAGGAUGUGCGGCAUUGUUCUGAAAUUUAAAGAAAAGAAAAAGAACGAACCUCUAAGCUUUCAUUUUCCAUCAUCCUAGACCAAGGGACACCUUUCCAGGGGCUGCAGCAGCUACAGUAAUAAAUCUAUCUCUUCGCCUAGUUGGUCAGCAGUUGAACUAGUUGAAAGAUGAUUGACUAUUUUCCGAUUGCAGGAUUGUGGAGAUGGUGGGAAUGAGGACUCCGCAGAGCACAGUCUGGCCAAUGUAGAUUCCCGACUCAACCGUACAGGGCAAGGUGGGAGUUCGACUGAGAGUGACUGUGCAUUCGAAGGAGACUGUGCGCUGCCUGAAGGCAUGCAGCAUAUCCGCAUCAUGGAGGGCAUGUCCCGCUCGCUGCCUUCUUCCCCCCUCCUCGCCCACCAGGCUAUCAGCGUCAGGCUCCAGCCCAUGAAGAAACUCACAGCCCCCCUGCGGAAGGCAAAGUUUGUAGAAAGCCCUCGAAUACCAGAAUCUGAGCUUGGCUCCCCAACCCACACCGCCACCACCACCACCACCACCACCACCUCCUCCUCCUCCCCUGCCAAGAACCCAGAGCUGGAUGCAUACCGCCCCGGCGAGUCAAACCAGGAGCUGGGGCCUCCUCCCUCGGUUGAUGAGGCCGCAAACACUCUGAUGACUCGCCUAGGCUUCCUGCUGGGAGAGAAAGUGACCGAGGGACAGAGUGAAGCCCAAUACAGCAUGGAGGAGCAGGAAGAGAACCAGAGCUCGGCUGUCACCCAGCGGAUCAGCCCCUGCUCCACACUGACCAGCAGCACGGCCUCGCCUCCGGCCAACAGCCCCUGCUCAACCCUGCCACCUGUCAGCUCUGGUAACGCUGAGACCAAGGACUGCGCCUACGGGACAGUCACCAGCCCCACCUCCACGCUGGAGAGCCGGGACAGUGGCAUCAUAGCCACCUUGACGAGCUACUCUGAAAAUGUGGAGCGGAGUAAAUACGGGGAGGGGUCGCGGUCUAACUUGAAGCUGUGGCAAUCCCAGAAAUCAGGCAUGGACUCAUGCCUGUACCGAGUGGAUGAGAACAUGACAGCCUCCACGUACAGCCUGAACAAAAUCCCUGAACGCAACCUGGAGGCCAUCUCCUCCCAGUCCGUCCAAUCAAUCCCCCUCUAUCUCAUGCCUCGGCCCAACUCUGUGGCAGCUACGAGUUCGGCUCACCUGGAGGACCUGGCUUACCUGGAUGAGCAGAGGCACACCCCCCUACGCACCUCGCUCCGCAUGCCCCGACAAAACCUCGGGGCAGGACGCCUGGGACAGGACCUGCGAGCUUGCACUAACAUCCAUGCCUGGCACACACACUCACUUCGGUUUGCGCCCUACCGCCCCCCAGACAUCUCCCUCAAGCCCCUGCUGUUCGAGGUGCCCAGCAUUACCAUGGACUCUUUCUUCAUCGGGCGAGACUGGCUCUUCCAGGAGAUCGAUGGGCAGCUGCGCAGCGCCAACAGUAGCACCAACCACGGCGUGGUCAUCGUUGGCAACAUCGGCUUCGGCAAGACCGCCAUCAUCUCCCGUCUGGUGGCCAUGAGCUGCCACGGGACACGCAUGAGGCAAAUCGCCUCAGACAGCCCCCAUGCCUCCCCCAAACACGGGGAAGGGAGCAGGGACCUACCGUUGAGUCAGCCUCCCCCUGCACACUCCACCAUCGGCAAUGGAAGCUGCCCGGGGACCCCUGAAAUGAGGCGCCGCCAGGAGGAAGCCAUGAGGAGGCUGGCAUCCCAGGUGGUUGCCUACCACUACUGCCAGGCAGACAACGCCUACACCUGCCUGGUGCCCGAGUUCGUCCACAAUGUGGCGGCGCUGCUGUGCCGCUCCCCCCAGCUCAUCGCCUACCGCGAGCAGCUCCUGCGAGAGCCCCACCUCCAGAGCAUGCUGAGCCUGCGCUCCUGCGUGCAGGACCCGCUGGCCUCCUUCAAGAGAGGGGUGCUGGAGCCGCUGGACACCCUCUACAAAGAGAGAAAGAUAGCAGAUGAAGAGUUCAUCAUCCUGAUCGACGGCUUGAAUGAAGCAGAGUUCCACAAGCCGGAUUACGGUGACACUAUUGUAUCCUUCCUGAGCAAAACCAUUGGAAAAUUCCCCCCCUGGCUGAAACUGAUAGUUACCGUCAGAACCACACUGCAGGAGAUCACCAAACUGCUUCCAUUCCACCGGAUCUCCCUGGACCACUUGGAGGAGAAUGAGGGCAUUGAUCAAGACCUGCAAGCCUACAUCCUCCACCGCAUCCACAGCAGUCCCGAAAUCCAGAACAACAUCUCCCUCAACGGCAAGAUGGACAACACCACCUUCGGCAAGCUGAGCGCCCACCUCAAGACACUCAGCCAGGGCUCCUGCCUCUACUUGAAGCUCACCUUCGACCUCAUCGAGAAGGGCUACCUGGUCCUCAAGAGCUCCAGCUACAAGGUGGUGCCGGUGUCCCUGGCCGAGGUGUACCUGCUGCAGUGCAACAUGAAGUUCCCCACGCAGUCUUCCUUCGAGCGCGUGCUGCCGGGGCUCAACGUGGCCGUGGCUUCUCUGCACCCGCUCACCGACGAGCAGAUCUACCAGGCGGUCAACGCGGGUGCCAUCCAGGGCAACUUGGAGUGGGACGACUUCCAGCAGCGCAUGGAGAACCUGUCUAUGUUCCUGAUCAAGCGCCGUGACGGCACCCGCAUGUUCGUGCACCCCUCCUUCCGAGAGUGGCUCAUCUGGAGGGAGGAGGGCGAGAAGACGAAGUUCCUCUGCGACCCCAGGAGUGGCCACACGCUGCUGGCGUUCUGGUUUUCCCGGCAGGAGGAGAAACUGAACCGACAACAGACCAUUGAACUGGGACACCACAUUCUUAAAGCACACAUCUUCAAGGGCUUGAGUAAGAAGGUGGGGGUUUCCUCAUCCAUUCUGCAGGGGCUCUGGGUGUCAUACAGCACGGAGGGUCUCUCUGCUGCGCUGGCCUCACUCCGAAACCUCUACACUCCCAACAUAAAGGUGAGCAGGCUGCUGAUCCUGGGCGGCGCCAACGUGAACUAUCGCACGGAGGUCCUGAACAACGCUCCCAUCCUGUGUGUCCACGCCCACCUGGGCUACACGGACACGGUGGGGCUGCUGCUGGAGUUCGGAGCCAGCGUGGACUCCAGCUCCGAGAAUGGGCUCACCCCACUGGGCUACGCCGCAGCUGCGGGGCACCUCCCCAUCGUCACCGCACUCUGCCGCAGACGAGCCAAGGUGGAUCACUUGGACAAGAACGGGCAGUGCGCCCUGGUCCACGCUGCUCUGCGAGGGCACCUGGAAGUGGUCCAGUACCUGAUUCAGUGCGACUGGACGAUGGGAGGCCAGCAGCAGGGCGUGUUUAACAAGAGCCACGCUGUCCAGCAAGCCCUCAUCGCCGCGGCCAGCAUGGGCUACACCGAGAUCGUCUCCUACCUGCUUGACCUACCUGAGAAGGAUGAAGAGGAGGUGGAGCGAGCUCAGAUCAACAGCUUCGAUACCCUGUGGGGAGAAACAGCUCUGACUGCAGCGGCAGGCCGGGGGAAGCUGGAUGUGUGCAGGCUGCUGCUGGAGCAGGGGGCUGCCGUGUCUCAACCUAACCGACGUGGGAUUGUGCCUCUGUUCAGCGCUGUGCGACAGGGACACUGGCAGAUUGUGGACCUUUUGCUGACUCAUGGUGCGGACGUCAACAUGGCUGACAAGCAGGGCCGGACCCCUCUGAUGAUGGCCGCUUCAGAAGGGCACUUGGGGACCGUGGAGUUCCUGCUCUCACAGGGAGCCUCCUUCUCUCUGAUGGACAAGGAGGGCUUGACCGCUCUGAGCUGGGCCUCCCUGAAGGGUCACCUGACCGUGGUGCGCUCUCUGGUGGAGAGAGGGGCUGCCACUGACCACGCCGACAAGAACGGGCGCACGCCUCUGGACCUUGCUGCUUUUUAUGGGGAUGCGGAAGUGGUCCAGUUCCUGGUGGACCACGGAGCCAUGAUUGAGCAUGUGGACUACAGCGGUAUGCGUCCACUCGACCGGGCAGUGGGCUGCCGAAACACCUCUGUGGUGGUCACCCUGCUGAAGAAGGGAGCCAAGAUAGGCUGUCAGACGCUGCCCAGCAGACCAAGAGGUCCCGCCACUUGGGCGAUGGCCACCUCCAAGCCCGACAUCAUGAUGAUCCUGCUCAGCAAGCUGAUUGAAGAGGGGGACACCUUCUAUAAGAAGGGGAAGGUGAAGGAAGCAGCCCAACGCUACCAGUACGCCCUGAAGAAGUUCCCACGAGAGGGCUUCAGCGAGGACCUCAAGACCUUUCGAGAGCUCAAGGUGUCCCUGCUCCUGAACCUGUCCCGCUGCCGUCGAAAAAUGAAUGACUUUGGGAUGGCUGAGGAGUUUGCCACCAAGGCACUAGAGUUGAAACCAAAAUCCUACGAGGCCUAUUACGCAAGAGCCCGGGCCAAACGCAGCAGCAGGCAGUUCCCUGCAGCCCUGGAGGACCUGAAUGAGGCCAUGAAGCAGUGUCCCAACAACCGGGAGAUCCAGCGGCUGCUGCAACGUGUGGAGGAGGAGUGCCGGCAGGUGACAGAGCAGCAGCAGCAGCAGCUGGAGCCAGAGCCGGAGCAGGAGCAGGAGCAGGAGCAGGAGCAGGAGCAGGAACAGGAGCAGGAGUUCCUCUCCCCCCGGCAGGUACAGACCCCCUCUCCCCCUGCCUCGCCUCCCCCUCCUCCCCCCGAGCCGCGCCUGGAGGACAUGGAGCCGGUGCAGGACCUCUUCGACGAGGACUAUCUGGAGCAGGACCUGCAGACCAUCACUAUCAACCUGCAGAGUGAGUCUCUGCCAGGCCCAGCCGGCCUGCCCGUCAUCCAGAGCCCUCCACCCUCUCCAGCAUAUCUAUCGGGCGGCUCCCCAAUGGGGCAGUCCUUCGACUUCCGGCCCAGCCCGCCUUCCAUGGCCUCCCCAACCCGCCAGAGCUACCAACAUUCCACCUCCCCGUCCCUCUCGCCCACCCACCAGAACUCGCACUACCGGCCCAGCCCGCCGCACACCUCCCCAGCUCACCAGGGCCCCUCCUACCGCUUCAGCCCCCCUCCACCCUUGGGCAGCGCAGCAGGCAGCCAGGGUAAGGACUACCAGAGCCCACCUCCUUCCCCACUGCGCAGACCCCAGUAUAGGGCCAGCCCGCCGACUGAUAGCAUCUGCCUCUACCGCCCCCAGUCUGGUUCCCCCAUCCGCUACCAGCAGGACCAGCUGCCGGGGAGACCCAAGUCUCCGCUUUCCAAGAUGAGCCAGAGAUCCUUCCAGCUGACCUCCCAAUGCUCCCAGACCUCGCAGCACCAACAGCAGCCAGGCCUGAGGCUGCAGCCGGCCAAGGCCCAGAUCGUGCGCACCAACCAGCCCAGCUCGGCCGUCCACUCCAGUGCAGUGAUGGGAGGAGGCGGCCCCUAUGGGCAGAUGGCUCACCCCAUCAGCAGCCGCUACCAGGGAAGUUCUGUAGACGUUGAGAGCCGACUGGUCUACCAGCCCUCCGUCGAAGGCAGGCCAAUGCAGCAGGUGCAGGCCAGCCUGAGCGCAGGGGCGCUCUGUCAGCAUGGUGGCCGAGGGGGAGUGGAAUCCGGUCUGGCUAAAGAAGAUCUCCCUCAGCGGCCGUCCUCUGCCUAUCGCGGUGGAGGGGUAGGUGUGCGCUACAGCCAGACUCCACAAAUCAGCCGCAGUCAGUCGGCUGCCUACUACCCAGUCUCCAAACACGAGCUGGAGCGCUCAGCUGGCUUGCCCCAGAGCCAGCUGGGCUCCCCGGAAAUCCCCCAUUUAGUCCGCCGACCUGUCAGUGCCAACCCUGCCGAGAUCAAGCCCCACCCGCCAACCCCGAGGCCUCUGAUCCACUCCCAGAGCGUGGGGCUGCGCUUUUCUCCCUCCAGCAGCAGCCUCUCCACGGGAUCGGCCUGCAACCUGACCCCCGGCUUCCGUCCAUCCGCCUCCAUCCAGCAGAUGGAGAUCCCACUCAUGCCGGCCUACGAGCGCUCUUGCGAGGAUCACUCGUCCAUCUCUCCCACGCAGGGAGGAGGAGGAGGAGGAGGAGGUUAUCAAGGGGAGAACACACGCUCCAGGACAACCCCCUUCAUGGGCAUCAUCGAUAAGACUGCCCGGACUCAGCAGUACCUCCUCCAACCCUCGCGCCCUUGGGCCGUGUCAUCCCUGGACACGGUAAUCACCAGCCCCACCUCUCCGAGCAGCCUGGCCCAACAAGGUGGCGGCUCCUCCUACAGCCCCCCUUCUUCCCUGGGCAACAUUGCCUACUACAACAAAACAAACAACGCCCAGAACGGCCACCUCAUGGAGGACGAUUACUACUCCCCUCAGCCGCCCUCACUCGGGAAGCUCGCCAACGGCUCGCGGGCCGGAGGCAACGGGGGAGACAUCCUGGAGCGGGUCAGCCAGGUGCCCACCUACCCUGACGUCAAGGUGGCCCGGACGAUGCCCGUAUCCCAGGCCUACCAGGACAGCAUUUACCGGCAGCUGUCCCGAGAUUCCCGGCAAGGGCAGACCUCGCCCAUCAAACCAAAGAGACCUUUCGUGGAGUCGAACGUGUAGAUGUAUCGCUUGGACGUGGGAGGGUGUGGGGGGGAAGGGAAAUGGGGAUAGCAGAGACAGGCUUCCAUGACAUCAGUGCAUUGUGUGGGAAUGCUAAGAGGUGGUGUGUGACGGGAUUCCGCUGUGAACGACGACAUCACACCAAGGUCAUUUAAAAAGCAAAAAUAUAACAAAAUAUUGUGCAAAUGUAUUUCAAAUAUAACUGUAUGUAACAUAUACAGAUACAGACAUUUUUAAAGGAGAUUCUGUGGCCUUUUCACUCAAAAGGGAAUGACUAACGCUUGAGUGAGAGUGAAAAUCCUGGGUUUGAUUCAACUGGACAUGUCAGCCGUAUUUUUCAUAAUUUUUUUCUUGCCCAUAGUUUGUAAAUCAGUUUCCGAGUUGCAUACAAACUUUUAAAGCCGAAAUUCUAUUAAACCAAACCCAAACAAGGAUAUAGUUAUUUUUGUUGUUUUAAACCCAGUCUUGAUGAUUGAUAAUUUAUCCUGUGAAUUAAUAUAUUCAAUCAGAAAUCAAAUAGAGCAAAUGAGUAACGAAACGGUGCUCGCAGUACCUCUUCAAUCCAACAAGUGGCAGUGUUUUCAGAAAGGUGAUCUAUUUAAAGCAAAUAUGUUACUUUUUAUAUUGAUGAUUUGCCACUUGAAAGACAAUAUCUGAUUGACCAGCCCACCCCCACCUGCACUGUAUCCCUGUCUGCUUGGGUGCAUUGAUCAGAAAGCCAGUUUGAGGUCUCUGUCCUCUCUCACUGUGUAAAUACUCUGGGGUUUUGUCCUGUAGAUACUGUUUUAUGGAAGCCUGUGCUUAUUACUAAUGCUUCUGUGGCAAAUUAUUGUAC